UAUUUUUAUGUGUAAAAAAAUAUUUUCAAAAUGCGUUUGUUGCGAAGUGGAAUCCGCAUGUGGGUACAGCCUAAAGGAAGGGGUAAUAUUUGUGGGAAUAACAUCAUUGGUCAUAUCUGUGGUAAUGUUGUUUACGGCAAUCACAACUCUGAUAAUUAUAACGUGUAUGAAAAAACAGUUCAACAGCAAUCCGAUCGUCGCCAUCAACUUGAUAUUCGGACUUGUAGCAGCUUGCUUAUCAACUUACCAGAUCAUCAUCACAUUGUUGUUGCUUUGGCAGGCUGUUAAGACAAAGGGCAACAUAUUCCUGUGUUCAUUGUGGUUCGUGUCCCACAUAUCAUUAUUGACGAUGUACUUUCUCCUGUUCAGCGCGGAGGCUGCAGUCUGCAUUGUAAAGAAGCGAAUCAUUACAGCUGCCUUUACCAUUUUUAUAGGAAUUAUAUAUGAAGCGAUAUUUAUAUACUAUGCCAUUAUAGUCAACAGCUACUUGCAUUCUUUAAAUCAAGCAAGAUAUUUAUAAAAAAUGUUAUGUAACAUUCUAUACUGCAUUUUAUAAUUGAUGUGAUUGUAUUUUGUUUAGUACUUUUUUAGUGUUUGUUGGAAUUAAACAUUGAUGAUUUUAA